UUUUGAAGAAAAAAUGAAAACGAUUGAUAAAGUUCCCUCUUUUUCCUAUUCAUUUCUGGGAUGGUACACAAUUUGCUCUACCAAAGAUUUGAACCCGCUUCCUGAGCAUUUAGAAUUUCAUAAACUAGUAAUCUCUUCCACAUCUUUAGAAAACCCGUAUUUUUUAAUUUUAAGCACCAACGAAAGUUAUUACGAAUCGCAAGGAAAUUAUUUAUAUUCUAAUUUACCAAUAGAGUUAUAUGAAACGUCUUUAACUACUUUAAAUGGACCUGAAAUUAAUUUUGUUCGACGUAGCUUUGAGUUAACGAGUAAUGAAAUGGAGAGAAUUACUAUUAACUUUUUAUCCUGCAAUGCUGAUACCAUCGAAUCUCCUGAAGAAUCUUCGUUAAGGCCCCGUAAAUGCGCUAAAGCUAUUUAUUAUAAAAUUAAACUUUUACUUGAAUAUCUUCAAGACGUAAAAGAAGGAAUUUUAAAAAAAGAUUCUUCACUCCUUCGGGAAAUUACAACUAUAUGCGACCUGCUUUCAAACGAUGAACAACUAAAACAAGAACACUUUGAAUAUGACGUGACUGCAUUGCUUUCUGGCUUAACUAAAGGAUAUUUAUUGCUUAGAAAAGGAGAGACUUGCGUCAACAACUGCUUUCAAGCGGCGCAGAUGACCGCCUCAGCUACUUUACCAACUGUUGACAAGAGGCUGAUAGGCCUGUAUUUGCUCGGCGUAGAUGCUAGUCGUGGUCUCUUAGGGAGCAUCACAACAGUUGCCGUCCGUCUUCCAGCGUAG